CGCGCCGUGCUCGCCGCGGGGGCGGGCGCCAUGGGAGGCCCUGCGCCGCGCUGGGAGGGAGCCCGGCGGGCGGGGGCCGCGCCGCCGCACCUCCGCUGAACCCUCCGCGCCUUCUCGGGGACCGGAGAGCGACAUGGACCCCCCGCCGCAGCCGUCUGCAGCCUCCUAGUCCCGGCGGCGGGGAGGGCUGGGCAUGGCCUGGCGUGAGCGGAGCGACGGAGCGCGGCGCUGCCCCGCAGUUACCACGUGGCCCAAUACACCUGAUGGAAACGUAUCCAACUCCUUGAAUGGUUUGAGCUUGAUGGGUGUUCUGAACACAAGAGCUGGCGGCAGCAUCCAGGGUCUUCAGAACUUGAAGUCCCCGAGAUCUCUCUCAUUGCCUGAGUAUGGGCCGGGUCAGCACUCAGGUGCUAUAGAAGAUUGUCAUAGCCUUAAAUCAGUGGAUUCUGGCAUCCCAAUCCUAGAAGUAGGAAAUCCAGAGCCCGUUCACUGCAAUGUGCUAACUGCGAAGAGGAAGCAGUCAGAACCUGAAAUUGUGCCUGACAGAACUUUCCAGAGCGCGUGCACACUGCCAUCCUGUGUGCCUGCACGCCCUCUGGCUCCUGAGCACGACCACGCAGUGCGAAAAUCCUCUACUUUUCCAAGAACUGGGUAUGACACUGUCAAGCUUUACAGUCCGACUUCAAAAACUCUGAAUCGAAGUGAUGAUAUCUCUGUCUGUAGUGUUUCUAGUCUCAGCACAGAACUGUCAACAACUUUAUCAGUCAGCAACGAGGACAUUUUGGACUUUGUGGUCACAAGCAGUUCAAGUGCAAUUGUGACUCUGGAGACUGAUGAAGCACACUUCUCAGAUGUCACCCUGAGUUCUACUAAGGAGAGCGGUGAUCAAAGUCAGCAGGACUGUUGUCAAGAGGCUGACGUGGACAGUAAACGAAAAAUAUUGGGACCUUUUACCAACUUCCUUGCCAGGAAUUUGUUUACCAGGAGGCAAAAUGCAAGAUUUGAAAAACAAAAUGAUGUGGGCUGGAAGUUGUUUGGAAAAGUACCCCUCAGAGAAAACUCACAGAAAGAUGCAAAAAAAAUACAAAAGGAAUAUGAAGAAAAAACUGGACGAGCUCACAGACCUCUCUCUCCUAAGCAGAAUGUGAGGAAGAAUCUUGAUUUUGAGCCACUCUCCACUACUGCACUUAUUUUAGAGGACAGACCAGCGAACCUCCCAGCAAAACCAGCAGAAGAAGCUCAGAAACACAGGCAGCAGUACGAAGAAAUGGUGGUUCAAGCAAAAAAAAGAGAGCUUAAAGAAGCCCAGAAGAGAAAGAAGCAACUGGAGGAACGUUGCAAGCUGGAAGAUAGCAUUGGCAAUGCUGUUUUAACUUGGAACAAUGAAAUCUUGCCCAACUGGGAAACUAUGUGUUGUUCCCGCAAAGUUCGAGAGUUAUGGUGGCAGGGCAUUCCACCGAGCGUGAGAGGCAAAGUCUGGAGCUUGGCAAUUGGCAACGAGUUAAACAUCACCCAUGAACUGUAUGAUAUUUGUCUGGCUCGUGCCAAAGAGAAAUGGCGAUCACGUAGCACGGUAGGGGCUGAGGUAGAAUGUGAAGAUGCUGGAUUUUCUACAGCUGACAGAGAAGCAAGUUUGGAGUUAAUAAAACUGGAUAUCUCAAGAACGUUUCCUAACCUCUGUAUAUUCCAACAGGGUGGUCCUUACCAUGACACAUUGCACAGUAUUUUAGGAGCCUAUACUUGUUACAGACCUGACGUAGGAUAUGUGCAGGGCAUGUCUUUCAUAGCAGCAGUACUGAUCUUAAACUUGGACACUGCAGAUGCCUUCAUUGCUUUUUCUAACCUUUUAAAUAAGCCCUGUCAAAUGGCGUUUUUCCGUGUGGACCAUGGCCUUAUGUUGACUUACUUUGCUGCAUUUGAGGUGUUCUUUGAAGAAAAUCUGCCAAAGCUAUUUGCUCACUUCAAAAAAAAUAACUUAACUCCAGAUAUCUAUCUUAUUGAUUGGAUAUUCACAUUGUACAGCAAGUCUUUGCCACUAGACUUGGCGUGUCGUAUCUGGGAUGUGUUCUGCCGUGAUGGAGAAGAGUUCUUAUUUCGUACAGCCCUGGGAAUAUUAAAACUUUUUGAAGAUAUUUUGACCAAAAUGGAUUUCAUUCAUAUAGCCCAGUUUUUAACAAAGCUACCAGAAGACUUACCUUCAGAAGAAUUCUUUACAUCUAUUGCUGCCAUUCAGAUGCAAAGUAGAAACAAAAAGUGGGCUCAGAUACUGGCUGCUCUGCAGAAGGAUAACCGGGAAAUGGAGAAAGGAAGUCCUUCACUUAAACAUUAGCUCUGGCUGCCUCCGGUGACACAGGAAAAGAUGUGAAGUGGCAAAAGUAUUUGAUAUGUAUGAGCCUGCAAAUCAAAGUUUUACUUCAGAUUCUGUUCAGUAGUAAGAUAGCCUUAAAGGGGAGAGAGGGGAGGAAAGAAAAAAAAUAAAAGGGAAGGAAACUGGGAGGUAAAACCUUUAUAAGUGAAACCAAGGCCUAGCCUUAAACUUCUCGUGGAGCAAGUGCUUGCUGUGGACAGCAGUACACAUUUGUAUGUUUGAUGAGGGCAAUUAAACCAAACUAUAUUAAGGUUUCUUUAUUAUUUCUCACUGAUGUUUUAUAAUGCUGGGCAUUCAGCAAUGUCAGUUGCUUUGAAAGCCAUUCCCUAGUUCUGUUCUUAGGCAGGAUAUACACUUCCCAUGCCCACUAGCUGGAUCUGGAUUUUAAAUAACUGGUGCUGGAAUUUAAAUGAUGUAAGGACCAUUCCUUUAGAAAUGCUUUUUGUUUUAUAGGCUGUGGGUCCCAUUUACCAAAGAAAUCACGUAGAUGUAGAACUACAUUCCAUCCUUUAAGAAAAAAAAGAGUCAAGGAAGCACACUUGGAAGAGAAAUCGCACUAGCAGUGUAAAACCAAUUAUUCUUUAAGAUGCCUUGGAAAUCCACGUUCCUGUCUGAGUAUAUACAGCAAAAGUUCCAUUAAUUUGGCUAGAUGGCAAACUCAGCAGGAGUGGGUAUAGUAUUAAGCUGGCAUUAUUUCCCAGCUGUACUCUUUCCCCCAUUUAAACCCAGGGUCACAUAGUACUAAAUGGAUGCUUCUGUGUCUCUUCUGGGGCAGUGCCAUUUCAGGGCACUCCCAGCUACUGACUUCUGUGCCAUCUGUCCAGUUGUGCUCAUAAAACUGGGCUGAGCAGAAGAAUUGAGAAAUGGUUAAAAGGAAUUUGUGCAGCUGUUUUAAACCCAGCUCUGCUCACUGGCAAAACUGAGGAGGAAGGGGGUAGGGUAGAAGUUACAUAAGCCUUCGUUGCUUCUGAAAAGAAAAGCCUGUGGGGAGCUCUUGAAGCUGCUGCUGCCACAGUGGAAAAGCAUGUGGAGUUGAAUUUGAUUAAGUAACGAGGGAAAGAAGUUUACUGGGAAAUAGGCCAGAGAAAUACUAUCAGGACGAGUUCAGGCUGUCAUUUCCUGGCAUUUUAUCCAGCCUCUAAUACGUGUGAGCAAGUUACAGAGAGCAGAUGGCCAUUGCUCAGUUGUUAUACAGGUUAGAUUCCCUCUGCAUUCAGAUGAAUGCUGAACUGUAAAGUACAGGUGCCUCUGAUUUACAAGAAUGGUGAUUGUAGAGUGUAAAAUCUGUUUAUAAAUAAUUAUUACCAUUGAAAAGGGAAACUAACUGAAACAAUAUUUGUUAACUCUAAGCAGGAAUUACUAAAUCCUUUAGCUAUAUGGCCAUAGGCUUCCCAGAGUUUUUUGUUCUGUUUUGUGCUCGGUUUUUGGCACUGACUGAUGUAAAAAAAAAAAGAUAAUAAUAGUUGCACACUGCUCAACUCAGCAUACAGUGUAAGGGCUGUGGGACACAAUCAAUUUAUUACAGACACUGUUUCUACAAGUGAUACUUUGACUGUAAUUUUAAAAAGAGGGAAAGGAAGAUUUCUUGGUAAGUCUUUUGAGACUCAUAAUCACUUUGGAAUAUAUGUAAUGCAGAUGCAGCUUAGAAGUCUGUUACCUCAUUGGCCUUUUUUCCUGUCCACUUUGUGUACCUGGCAUAAUAGAUGUGGUUUUUUUGGUUGCCCACCUGAAUUUCUCCAGAAGACUUCUUUAGGUCAUUGCUUACUGAAAACAGACAUCGGGAUGCUGACAUUGAGAACAUACUAAUUCUCCCAGGAGUUGUGUAUCUGUAUAGACUGGUACUUGUAUGCCACGUUGCUUUGAAGUGCAAUAGAAAGCUGGAAGGUCAGUAAGUACUUUUUCUAGUACAAUAGCAAAUCUGCCUUUUCAUGACGGGCAUGAGAGGCCUAACAUCUGCAACAUUUGCACUAAGCUUUUAAAUGAUUUAUUAAACACACAGACAACUCUCCCUGCUAUACUUUGUGGGUGGUACCAUAGCUGGCUUUGUGAGUUUAGUCUGCGUUGUAACUGGGUGCAUAUUUCUGUUCAAAGCAAGUUGUCAGUGUGGCUCACCUGUCUGGUUGGAAUGCGUUCUUGAGCCACUGGGUGUUUGUCUCAGCCAUCUGCAGCCUGUUUUCUUCUCAAAAACAUGUUGAAUGUAACAGUGAAAAUAGGCAUAGUUGUGAGAAAAGGCCUGCUGCAACACUUGUGCACUGUUUGUAACUUGCAAAUGUAAUUAUUUUGGUCUGUGAUUCAAUCUUUCUGUUCUUAGGAGAUGUAUAUAUUUUCUAGAUGAUUUCUUUGUGUAUAUAAGGUAUGUUCUUUAAUGAAGAAAAGCAAUGCAAUAAGGAGGAGCUUUGCACAGUUUAUUUUCAAACAAAAUGCAUUUGGAAAAACAAUGACCUGCCUAAAGAUGCAAUUGUUCCAACUUCUCAGUAACUUGAUUUGAAGAUAACACUUGAAUUUUGAUAUGAACAGAGAUGAGUCGUAGUGGUUUAGAAUAACUUGCCACCAAGCUUCCUAAGUUUCUUGCGGCGUACCAAAUCUCUUCAUUAUUAAGGAAGGUUCUGUAAUCAAUUCAGGGAUUGCAUAACAAAUUCUGAUAACGUUACUGUUCAGGUGCUCAAGGGUAUCUGUAACAUGGUGCAUGAGGUGUUCUCUCAUUGAAGUGUCCCCAUCUCAGCAGACCUUUUUUUUUCCACGGGUUUAAGGAAAAAAAAAAGCUGCAAUACACCGCAGGUUUGCCACUGUCUCAGUACAUACAGCAGACCAGAGAAACCAGAACAUUGCCACCAGGUUUGGAAUUUUGUACAACCCGCACUUUAUUGCAAAGCUGUUUUGCAACUGCCGUCAGCAAUCAGUCAUCAACAUGUUUCAUUCAGAAAUUCAGUUUCUUUCAGAAAGGUACCUUCUAACAGCUCAUUUUUGAAUGUUUUAAAAACUAGACACGUAGAGAACUGUUGAUACAUCCUUUGUACAUCAUGUUUAAAUUGUUUUUAUGUAGUUAUCUGUUGGUUUUGUUUAGAUAUGUGUAUCAAACUGGAACUUUUUCAACUGUAAAUAUAUGGUUUUAUUAAAUAAAGUCAUGUAAAGUUACCUUA